UGAAGUCCCGCUACUGACUUUGUGAUCUCUGUCUGAGGACACUAAUAGCAGACCACCGGAUUGUGAUUUCCCUAUAGAAGCCGUGCGAAGCAGAAAAUGGCAGCAGAGCUAUGAAUCGUGUGGAGACGGAUGCUCCCCGGUCUCUCCUGUGACGUGUGGGAUGAAGAGGGGCGCUUGGCGGCUGAGGGCUGUGAGCCGGGGGAGUCUGCGAGGCCUCAGCUCUCCACGUUGAGCUAACCAGAGGGAGCCCACAACACGAUGAACAAAUUGAACUUCCAUAAUAAUAGAGUCAUGCAAGACCGCCGGAGUGUGUGUAUCUUCCUCCCCAAUGACGAAUCGCUGAAUAUCAUCAUAAACGUGAAAGUCCUGUGUCAUCAGUUAUUGGUGCAGGUGUGUGACCUGUUGAGGCUGAAAGACUGCCAUCUCUUCGGACUCAGUGUCAUACAAAAUAAUGAACAUGUGUAUAUGGAAUUAUCCCAGAAGCUUUAUAAAUAUUGCCCCAAAGAAUGGAAGAAAGAAGCCAGCAAGGUACGCGAAUACAGAAUCGUUUGGGGCAUCGAUCAGUUUGGCCCCCCGAUGAUCAUCCACUUCCGGGUGCAAUAUUACGUGGAAAACGGCCGACUGAUCAGUGACAGAACAGCCAGAUACUACUAUUACUGGCACCUGAGGAAACAAGUCCUCCAUUCCCAGUGUGUGCUGCGUGAGGAGGCCUAUUUCCUCCUGGCAGCCUUCGCGCUCCAGGCGGAUCUUGGGAACUUCAAAAGGAACAAGCACUGCGGAAAAUACUUCGAGCCCGAGGAUUAUUUCCCACCCUGGGUGGUUACCAAGCGUGGCAAGGACUACAUCCUCAAGCACAUCCCCAACAUGCACAAAGACCAGUUUGCCCUGACGGCCUCGGAAGCCCACCUGAAGUACAUCAAGGAAGCGGUGCGCCUGGACGACGUGGCUGUUCAUUACUACCGACUGUACAAGGAUAAAAGGGAAAUUGAAGCCUCGCUGACCCUGGGACUGACAACUCGGGGAAUACAAGUCUUUCAGAACUCAGGGGAGGAAAGGCAGUUACUUUAUGACUUCCCAUGGACCAAUGUUGGAAAACUGGUGUUUGUGGGGAAGAAAUUUGAGAUUUUGCCGGACGGUUUGCCGUCGGCCAGGAAACUCAUCUACUACACGGGCUGCCCCAUGCGUUCCAGACACCUCCUGCAGCUCCUGAGCAACAGUCACCGCCUGUACAUGAACCUGCAGCCCGUGCUGCGCCACAUCCGCAAGCUCGAAGAGAACGAAGAGAAGAAGCAGUACCGGGAAUCGUACAUCAGCGACACCCUGGACCUGGACACGGAGCAGCUGGAGAAGCGAUCCCGGGCCAGCGGGAGCAGCGCCGGCAGCGUGAAGCACAAGCGCCUGUCUCGCCACUCCACCGCCAGCCACGGCAGCUCUCACACCUCGGGCAUCGAGGCGGACCCCAAGCCGCGGGAGGCGGGCCCGGACGGCCACCGCAAGCUGAGAACCUGCAGCUCCAUGACCAGCCGCGGAAGCUCGCACACCUCCGGCGUGGAGAGCGGCGGCAAGGACCGGCUGGAGGAGGACUCCCAGGAUGACGAAAUAGAAAUGCUGGUGGACGACCCCAGGGACCUGGAGCAGUUGAACGAAGAGGCCUUGGACGUCAGCCCGGACAUGUGCAUCUACAUCACCGAGGAUAUGCUGAUGUCACGGAAGCUCAACGGGCACUCGGGCUUAAUUGUAAAAGAAAUCAGUUCUUCCACGUCCAGCUCUUCGGAAACGGUGGUCAAACUGCGGGGCCAAAGCACUGAUUCCCUCCCCCAGACGAUAUGUCGCAAGUCGAAGACCUCCACUGACCGCCACAGCCUGAGCCUCGAUGACAUCCGGGUCAACCAGAAGGACUUCCUGAGGCUGGCGGGCCUGUGUCAGGACACCGCUCAGAGCUUCACGUUCGGGUGCGGCCACGAGCUCGACGAGGAGGGCCUCUAUUGCAACAGCUGCCUGGCUCAGCAGUGCAUCAACAUCCAAGACGCUUUCCCCGUCAAAAGAACCAGCAAAUACUUCUCUCUGGAUCUGACCCACGACGAGGUCCCGGAGUUUGUCGUCUAAGUCGACGCCGGCCGAGGGGGACGGACGGGGCGGCUUCCCCGGGUGAGAGAGACCGCCGAGGCCUGCUUCCUCUUCCGCACCUCCUCCUGUUUUCCCCACCCGGCCCGUUUUUAACAUUAUACCGAUUUUAAGUGGGAGUCCAGGCCCGGGAAACAAACCAUCGCACUUUAAGUCUGGCUUCUACCGCGGUAGAGUCGGUACAGAGGCAGCGCAGUAGGACCCGAGUUCCUGAGAGUGAACCAAAAGAAACUGCCUCUCCUCCACAGAGACUCCACGGAGAAUAUCGACUUUGUUUCCGUUCGUCGUCACGCAGCCUGAUUCCUUCGUUUAUCCCCCUGAAAAAGACGGUCUUUAGACAUUUUUGUCGUUCCUACAGCUGCCUCGAGAAAGACAGAGAGAUUCCCUCCCCCCUCCGCGCCCCCAGUGAAGAUGCCAUUGACUCUCGAUUUAUCCAUCGCAGCUCUGCGGCUUCUGCUAACUCGGCGUAGGCAAGGAACGACCAGGACCGUCCUGGCAAGCCAAAGAUCCGUGUCGUAAAUGCCAGUAUCGAGAAGACAGCAAUAACGAGAAAACUAUGCAUGUUUAAAUGCCCCGGGAAGCCAGUUGCCGUCCGCGGACAGGCCCCGUGAUCCUUGCCCUUCGGCGAUCAUCAGACCUUUCCUCUUGUGACGUUUACAACACACCCUUCGGUUCAGCGGAACGGGGAAAACUGAAGAAAAGCGCGGGGGCUAUUGCGGUGCUUCUUCAGUUGAACAGCGAGACGUCAUUUUGAUGUAGCAAUAAUGUUUGCUCAACCAAAGUACCUUAACUGUAUGCAUCUAUGAUACAUGUAUAAAUAUAUAGAGAGCUGUGUAUGUUUAUACAUGUACGAGCUUACUGACCCUUCUUAUUUUGGUUUCCCUACAUAUUUUUGUAGACCCUGCCUCCUCUGUUUAAUGACACAUACAGACAAUCAUCUUCCCAGGCACUAACGUCCGAAGGUGUGGGGCAGCACGGAGACAGGGGGACACUGUCAGCAUGGCUGUUUUCCGACGGCCGCCCCCAUCUAGACGAUGACCUUCCGUGAAUCGUGACGUAUUUUUCUCUUUAAAUAGAGCUGACGCCUGGAGAAUGUUAUUCUGGUCAAUAGAACAGGUGCAGGUCUCGACCGAACCCGCUAUGUAGCUGUCAUAACGAAAUCAAAGCAAGCCAGUGGAGUGAGGUCAUCGCUCCAGCAUGCUCUGACAACAUCACCGAAGCUGCAGAACUCCCAGCACAAUGCCUUUUUUAGAAAGUAUUUUUAAUCGAUUACCCUAGUAUCCUACGCCCGUAUUUUGAUAUACCAUCCUUUUUCUAUCCGGCAGGUUUUCUUAACUAUAUUAUUUUCUAAAGAAGAAGAGUGCUAUUUUUGUAUAAAACUUGGUUGGGGGGAACUAAAGGACGGACUCUUAGGCUCAGCAAAACUCAAUCAGUGUUUCCAGUCGAAGGGAGUCAGUAUUACGGAACAGAUGGCCAGCCCUAAAGUUUCCAGCACUGCUGUCCCUUCAAGGUCGGGGGCCCAGGGACCCACACACGUACAUCAGUAUGUGUAUACGUAAUGCGUACGUCUGAGGCUCAUUUUUUGAAUCGAAGAAGGAAAAACUGCUCCAAAAUCGGACUAUCUUUUCCUGCUGCCAAACGCUUCGUCGAACCCAAGUUUCAGGUAUCAGAUCGGACAAGGGCAUCUAGAGGCCUUGGGGUUUAUCCCCAAGUGGCGGCGUGCAAUAUGGAGAGGUUACCAUCUGUUUUCUUUAUUCUAGGUGGCUUAAGGAAAGAAACGUGACAGAACUAAAAUUGGGAAAGCCCCGUGACAUUAGGUGGGGAAUUAAAAUCCCGUUAAUUCCCGGGGUGGGGGGACGGGGGUGGGCGGCGUUGUUCGAUAGAAGGGCAAGGUGGAAUUAAGUGGUAAAUUAUUCAAGCAGUGAUUGGAACGGGCCAUCGCUCUAGAAUUGGACCCCGAUCGCCCUUCUUCGGGUGGUUCCUCUCAGCCGUGUCGUGGGCUGGACUCACCAGAUUUCCAAUUCGGCUUCUCCGGCCGUCUGAGCGUCAGGUGCGUUUGCAGCCCGGCCCACAUCAAAGAAAGCGUGCCGCUUUCUGAUCCGACCCGCUUAAAGUUCUCGUAAACAGCACUGUUGAACCGAGUGAUGUCCUGUUAAAAAAAAAAAAAAAGCAACCUAGUAUUCUAUACUUUUGUAUUUGAAAAUUGUACAAAACAUAUUCAACUGUUAUUUAUGCUGCAUCUGACACAUAUCCCCGGCUGGUCAUUAUACGGAUUUGUUGCCUUUUUUUUGCAUCUACACUAAUACAUUUGCAACAGUGAGCUUUACGCCUGCACAAACUGCAAGUCAUCCUUUCUGUGAAAGGAUCAUCAUAUCGGGAUAACGAAAGAGUGUGUAAAAAAAAGCAUAGCUGAAUUAUUUUGUAACAGAGUUUGUCGGGUGCCUUUGAUGGUACGGUUCAAAAUGACAAUAAAGUUAACGUUUGUUGGCA